AACUGCCGAGCCCAUCCCGUAGCUUCCCCCAUACGUCCCAAAAUCCCAAGACUUCUUCCAGAGACAUCCACGCCGCCGGCUACUCUUCUUCUCCCCCUUCCUACCCUCGAAGAAUCAUCCAUCGAGCGGCGGCCGGCGGCGAGCGGCAGCAGAGCAGAGCAGGGGGGGAAAAUCUCGCUUUCCGAGGAGAGAGAUGGCAGGCAUGGGCGAGAUGCACAUGAGGCCGCGGCCAGGCCCGCCCAUGCAGCACCGUGGCCCGCCCCCGAUGGCGCGCGCCCGCCCCGAGCCCAUCGACCGCGAGAAGACCUGCCCUCUUUUGCUCCGGGUCUUCACAAAGGUUGGUGCUCAUCACCUAAACGAAGAUUUUGCUACAAGAGGGAAGGAGCCAAAAGAUGAAGUUCAGAUUUACACAUGGAAGGAUGCCACGCUCCGCGAGCUCACUGAUCUUGUGAAAGAGGUUGCUCUGCCAGCAAGGAAAAGAAAUGCGAGGCUGUCUUUUGCUUUUGUGUACCCAGAUAAAAAUGGCCGGUUUGUUGUUAAACAGGUGGGUUCAACCUUCUCUUAUGGUCAUGGAAGAGGGGAUGAUGCCAAAUCUCUUGCAGAUCUGGGCUUCCAGAUAGGGGAUUACUUGAGUGUUUCGAUCCAGUGAGCUCACUUUCAUGCGGAAUAGUGUGUAUCACCGUAGUUUGUCAUGCUGUGAUAAUGUAAUAUCUUAAUCUGUGUGUUCAAAGGUUCUCCUUGGUAGUAGGGAAUUGCAACCAGAACUGCCUGUAAUACUGUCAACUUUGGAAUUAAAUUGGCAUUUUGAACUCCAUUAAGUGUCA